AUGGCUGCGUUGAACAUCGACCCAUCGAUUAUUCAUCAAUUAGUUGUUCCUGGAUCAGUUGUCGCACAUGAUACAACUAAUUUUAUGAGCGGCCACGGAACUUAUCCCGAUGCGACGAAAACUCAUUUGAAAGCUUCUGUAGCUGGCUUUGUUCACAAAGUCGAUCGAUUGUUGUGUGUCGAACCAGUUGAAAACACACGUUACUUAGGUGACGUCGGUCAUGUUGUCAUCGGACGCGUACUGAAAGUCGAUCAAACUCGUUGGAUCGUUGAUGUCCAGUCACGAUUAGAUGCGUAUUUGCCAUUAGCUGCGGUCAAUUUACCAGGUGGAGAAAACCGAAGACGUAUGGAAGAUGAUGAACGAAACAUGCGACAAUACUUAAAAGAAGGUGAUCUGUUCACAGCUGAAGUUCAACAGAUCUACCAAGAUGGUACCCUACAACUUCAGACUCGUAGUUUACGUUAUGGAAAAUUAGGUGAAGGAAUCUUAGUUCACGUACGUUCAUCACUUGUCAAACGGACAAAAAAUCAUUUCCAUAGUUUACCGUGUGGUGCAUCUGUGAUACGUGGUUGUAAUGGUGCUAUAUGGAUCUGUCCAGCAACAUCAUCAUCGGCAGACAGUAAUGUUGUCGAUACAGGUGGUUACGUGAAGAAUAUCGAGUCUGUCAGUCUCGAUGUGCGAAAAACGAUUGUUCGGUUGAGUAAUUGUAUUCAAAUACUGAAUCGACUUGGCUUACCAAUUUACGACACUAGCAUCAUGCAGAUCUUUGAAAUGUCAAAUGUAUAUGAUAUUGAUGAACUAAUUCAACCGAAAAUUAUACAGACACUUGCGAAUCAGUUGCGACAACAGACAAGAGUUGGUAGUGAAAAACAUGAUGAGACAAAUAAUGGUGCUGAUCCAUAUGCUCAUGAGAUGCGAGAAGAAUGA